AUGGCGUCACAGUUAAUCACACUAUGCCCAAGGCACAACGACCUCGGCACUUGGUCUGAGGUUGGACAAAAUGCGCGCAAGUUCAGACUCGGUCAGAACACAGCCACCGUCAACUUUGGUGAGCUGCACGACAACAGCGAAGAAGACGACUUCUGCCGUGUCAUUACUCACGAGUUUGGCCAUGUCAUUGGCUGCGUCCAUGAACAUCAGGCCAACCCCAUUCAGUGGGAUGAACAGAAAGUCAUAGCCGACUGUAAGAGGGACUACAAAUGGUCCGAGGCUACUACCCGCACGCAGAUUAUUGACAAAGAGAGGAACAUCAAGAUACUGCGCAAGUCCGACUUCGACAGCAGCUCAAUCAUGUGUUACUACUACCCUCCAGAAUGGACAGUUGAUGGAACGUCAGCUCCAAAGAACAAGGGUCUUUCAGUGACGGACAAGAGCUUCAUUAGCAAGGUUGACCCUUUCCAGACGCGCAACGAAGGACAAUUGAGCAUUGAUCCUGAUAUCCGAUCAUGGUAUCCUCCCGCACCGCUCAACUCUAAAGCGAUCCAAUUCAGUCCGCCCUACACUGCUCCUCCACGCAUGACUCUAGGUUUGAAGAAGCUCGACUUGGGCAAUGCCGCGAACAUCCGCAUUCGCACUGCUGCUGACAAGGUAAGCGAGGGCGAAUUCAUCUUGAAUGUGGAUUCUUGGGGCGACACGCAACUCUUCAACGCAACACCGACAUGGAUUGAAUUCUCGCCCGCCGAUUCAGACUAUGAAACGGGCGAACUGAACACCUUGUAUAACCGGUCUGUCGGUACGCUUGCAGUGCCUGGGGAUGAUGGAGUGCGUCGCGACAUAGAGAGUUUUACCUUUUCCGACGACAAAUAUACUGAGCCUCCCAAUAUUAUUGUCUGGCUCAAUGCACUUGAUCUUGACAAAGAACGCAACUGGAGAGUGCGAGCCAGCGCUGUCAACGUAACCUCUUCUGGUUUCGACCUCGCUAUUGAAUCCUGGGGCGAUACUCUGCUCUACAGCGCUACUGCGUCAUGGGCUGCCUAUCCCAAACAUCAUGAGGGUGUUGCCAGUGGUAGGGUUAGCACCAGGGAAAUUCGAGAGUGGUUCCCACCCAUCGCCGAGAACUUCAAGAAGAUCAAGUUCCCACCCAAAUCAUUUGACAGGGCGCCGAAGGUCUUCGUGGCAAUCAAUGAGCUGGAUAUGAACUGCUCAGGCAAUCUGCGGGUCGCGGUGAGUGCGGAGAAGGUGGAUGCGUCGGGGUUUGUUUGGCAUGGUAGUUCAUGGGGUGACAGCCAGCUCUACACUGUCGGUGCGGACUGGGUUGCUUUUGGGUAG